AAUAAUUUUAAUGUAAUGGAAUUGCCUUAUAAGUAUGGACAUUAAAAGAAUUAGCGUCCAUGUCAUUGCAUAUAUUUGGUCUGAUAAUGGACAUAAUCUAUUUGAUUAUGAAAGUGACUCUUUAAUCAAAAAGUAACUGAAUUUUGAUUUUUAAGGUAAUAAACUUAUAAAUUAAAGAAUAGGAAGAGUUGUAUAAUUAGAUCGAGAUAUUCUUGCACUUACAAAGAAUGUAAUUAAUUGAACUAAAAUUAUCUAGGAAGUAGUGAGAAAUUAAAAAGAAAUAUUUGAGUUUCGAAGUAACCAAUAGUUUAUUGAACUAUAUAAUUCAAAAAUUGAUGAUGCCUUUUGGAAGGUUAUUAGACCUGUAUAAUCUUCAGAUUUGCCAACUCUUGAUAAAUAGAAAUUAUCAAUUAAUUCUAUAAUAAAGUUAGGAAGAGUUCGAUUCACAGUAUUAUAUUAUAGUUUUGCUUACGAAUUUGAUGAUAAAGCUAUACCAGAUGAGAUUGAAGACAUAAAUAAAUUAAAUGAUAGUGAUUACUUUGAAAGUAAAGUAUAAUGCAGAUUUUGUCUCAGUAAAUUGGCCACAAUAGAAAACCCAUUCAUCAGUCCUUGCAAAUGUGCUGGUUCAAUAAAAUUUGUUCAUUUAAAAUGUUUGUAAAACUGGCUCAAUAGUUAAUUGAAAACAAAAGCAUAAAAUGGAGUUACAUUAUAUUAUUGGAGAAGUAUGAAAUGUGAACUAUGUAAAGUAGCUUAUAAAAGUAAUUUUUAAUUAAAUGUUUUAGCAUCUUUUAAAUUCAAAUAAUUUCAAUAUAAUAUUUGUGAUAUUAAUAAACCUAAAGAGCCAUAUUUACUUAUGCAAAUUAAUCAUAGUGAUAAAAAUAAAGAAUAAGGACUUUAUGUGAUUGAACUUAAGAAUAAAGAUAUUAUUAAAAUAGGAAGAACAUAAGAUUGUGAUAUAAAAUUACAUGAUAUAUCAGUCUCUCGUCAUCAUGCAAGUAUUUUUGUAAAUUAAAAUGAAAAAUCAUUUCAUAUUGAAGAUAAUUGUUCGAAGUUUGGAACUUUGGUCCUUGCUUAAAAUGAAGAUUUAUAAAUUCAUUUGAAUUCUUAAAAACGACUAGCUUUACAAAUAGGUAGGAUAGUUAUUGUUGUAACUAUUGAUAAAAAGAUGAAGAAAAAAAAGUAUUUAUUUUAUAUAUGCAGUUUUAAAAAGUACAGAGUACCUGCUUAAUUUGAAGUUUUUCGAUAAAUUAAGUAACAAGAUGAUGAGGAAAAAGAAGUAACACCAGAUUAAUAAUAAUUAGAUGAAGAAGAAAUAUUAAUAAAUGAUCCAGCCUUUGAUAAAGAUCAAGAUUUUAAUAAAUUUUAAAAAAUGAAUUUUCUUACUGGAAGUAUUAUACAAAAAGACUGA